AUGGACGACGCAUCGACUCAGGCAGUACAUGCUAUAUCAACCACUUGGCUCAUUGCAAAGUUGGAUCCUAUUAAAUACAUCUUCGAGAAACCAUCCAUAUCAAGUAGAGUGGCAAGAUGGCAAGUGUUGUUGUCUGAAUAUGAUAUCGUAUAUGUGUCCCAAAAAGCUAUCAAAGGAAGUGCAAUUGCAGAUUUUCUGGCGAAAAGGGUGGAAGAGGAUUAUGAACCCAUGGAGUUUGAGUUUUCGAAUGAGGACUUGUUGUCAAUAUGCCAAACAAGUAAAAAGAAAUCGGAGAAAGAAAAUUGGAAGAUGUUUUUUGAUGGAGCUUCGAAUGCCUUGAGGCAUGGCAUAGGGGUUGUGUUAGUAUCACCAGAAGGAGGUCAUUAUCCCAUCAUAGCCAAGCUCAAUUUCUAUUGCACCAAUAAUGUGGCUGAAUAUGAAACUUGUGUCAUGGGUCUUCAAGCAACAAUCGAGAGGAAAAUUCAUGUUUUGAAAGUGUAUGGGGAUUUUGCUUUGGUUAUUUAUCAGUUACGAGGAGAAUAG